GGCGCAAGAUCAAAUCUGGGAUCCAGUACAACCGGCCCCAGUGAACAAUACAGUUGUCUCUGCAGACGCGGCACUAUCAGGACACGUCGGGAAUCGCAGCUUGCAAGCAUCAGCAGCAGCAAAGGGCCGAGCAGGCGAAACCCACGACAUUCGUUCAUUUUUUCGAAAAUCCGCCCGGACAGAGAUCGGAAGACCAAAAAAGAGGACAUGUCCGGGAAAAACCGGACGUAUGCAUGGAGGUUAUGGAGCACCUAUGCCAGGAGCUCCAACACAUGGGAUGCAAAUGGUAGCAGGACCAGGGGGAUACCAAGCCUAUGGGGCAUAUCCUGGAAGUUUUAGUGGUGCCCCAGUAAAUGACCCAAUGUGGAGUUAUUUUACUGCAGUUGCAGGGCAGGAUGGUGAAAUUGAUUGUGAGGAGCUUCAGAGAUGCUUGACACAGACUGGCAUCAGCGGUUCCUACAGUCCAUUCAGUAUCGAGACCUGCAGAAUCAUGAUUGCCAUGCUGGAUAGAGAUAUGACCUCGAAGAUGGGAUUUAAUGAGUUUAAAGAGCUUUUUGGGGCUUUGAAUCUCUGGAAGCAGAACUUCAUGAUGUUUGACCAGGACAGAAGUGGUACUGUGGAACCACAUGAAAUGAGCCAGGCUGUUUUAUCAAUGGGAUACAGAAUUAGUGCUCAGACACUGAAUGGGAUUCUAAAGCGCUACAGUAAGAAUGGCAGGAUUUUUUUUGAUGAUUAUGUGGCCUGCUGUGUAAAGCUUCGUGCUCUUACAGAAACUUUUAAGAGGCGAGAUAAUAUGCAACAAGGAGUUGUAAACUUUCCCUAUGAUGAUUUUAUAAUGUGUACAAUGGCAAUCUGAAUGCCAGUUAAAGCUGAUCAUUGAUGACCAUGCCAUUGAAGCAGGAUUGUUAAAUCUGAGUGUACCAGCUACCCCAGGACAUUGGACUGCUUGAACAUGGUGCAGUUUGAACACUGUGUUUGUGUGUUAAAAUAUCAGCAAGGGAAAACUAUACUUUUUUUUUUUAUCUUUUAAAUCUAAAAACUGUAAAGGGCAUUUGUACCAUUUUCUUGUUUUGUAUUUUAUACAUAACCCACAAUUCAGAAUAUAUCGGGCAUGUUUUAUUGAGAUUUGUGUACAAGGCUGGCUAAUUUGUAAUGUGACAUGUUUAAACAUAGUGUUCUGUGUUAAGAUUCCUUUGUGAUUGCUGAUAUAAUAAUCAUGUGCAAUUCAUCCUUUUGGGAUAGUUAGAGGAAGAUGCUUUACCACCAGUGUUAAAAAGCAAACUUCUUAUAAUGUGGCAAACAAUAUAUAUAUAUAUAUAUAUAUA